CAAAGUUUCGGAUCAAUCUACUUUUGUCAAUCUAAUGACGGAAAAAAAGACAAUGUCUCCAUCUCCGCUAGGACGUGUGGGUGAGUGUACCCAUAAAUUUUGGAUAAUUAUUACUUCCUACGGAGACAUCAAAGAUAAAGUUGAAUUACGCCGACAUUGCGAAUGGGAAAUGUUGAUGACAUCAUUAGGGUGUUGAAAUGGUUCGAGAAGGAGAAGAAUGAGAAGAAGAAGAAGAAAAUUUUGACAUCUGAUAAUAAGAAGAACAAGUUGAAGAAGAAGAAGUCCAUUGAAAUUAAUGAUGAGAAGAGGAAGAACAUGAAGAAAAGAAAGCAAUGUUGGGAUCUAAGACACUAUAGAUGGUUGGCAGUAUCAAAUGGAAAAGAGAAUGAUUGGUGGAGCGAUAUUUGUCGUGCUGCUAGUGGUGGUGAUGGUGAUGGUGGUUACGAAUUGGAUCCUGACCGCCUUGAACAAUUUAAACGAGUUAAUAACAAAGUUGGUUUGUGCUACUUCCCGGUGUUGGACGAUGAAUACCAUAAGUACAUUGUUGAAAGCACUAACUUCAAGCGAUAUGCAAGAUCAUGGGUCGAAAGUGAUGGGUUUGACAUUGAGUGGGCGGUUGGAGUUGCACCUUGUUUGUCCAUCACGCACGAACCCCUUUGCAUCCACGACAAGGGCCAACCUCAACUCAAUCCACACCUUUCCAAACUCGCUGAACGCGUGCUUCAAAAAUAUAAUUCCGCCCAUGAAACGGCUAAUUAUGAGUUGGUGCGUCUUGUCAAAGCCAAUCGCCGUUUAGGUUUGGCUGCCUAUGCAUAUUACAUUACUUUCCUUGCCAUUAAGAAGACUACGGUGGAAGAGGAGGAAGAUGAGAAGAACGAAGCAGCAGCCGACACCUUUCGAGCUAGAGUUUACGAUUUUUCUAUCGGUGAUCGCUUUUUUAGAGCUUCUGUCUAUUCUGUUUAUAUAUCACCACCACCUCCACCACCAUCGUCAUCAUUUAGGCGAUCAAGCUUAGAUUGAAUCCUUUUCACGCCAUAUAAUUAGUUUUCUUGUGAGGAUGUAAUGAAACAUGUUACAUUACAGUGUCUCCUUCAGUGCUUAUCAUCAUCAAGUCUUUCUCUGUUUUAAUUUUAGUGGUUUGUUCAGUAUUUAUCACCUUUUUUAAAUCCAUUUUUGUUAAAGUAAUGCAUUCACAACCCUUAUUUUUUGUUUCUACGAAAUUUGAUCAUAAUUUCUUCGGUAUACGAACUUUAAAUUCUAUCAAAAAAAAGUACACGAAUUUGCAACUUUCUCUUACCAAAAGAAUAAUAGGAACUUUUUAGG